AUGGCCCGGAACGGAUCCGGUUCGGGUUCCCUCCUCGUCACGCGCCGGAACGCCCGGCUGGACGCCUUCCUGAAGCGGAACACGGAGCGGGGGCUCUACGAGCGGAUCCGAACCUGCGAACCGUGCGUGGUGGUGUCGGACUCAGUCAGCAGGGUGUACAUGCACGCGGUGCUGAGCGACGAGCGCGUGUACUUGACCGAGUUCUCGCCGCGCACGCUCACAGAGGCCGUCAGUUUCGGGCGCGUGCGCGACAUCGAGCUGGUGAACGACCUCCCAGAUUUCCUGAGUGCGAAGGACAGGGAACGCUGCCAACACAUACGAAUCACCUAUGUUGCUGAAAAGCCGACAAGAAAGGAGCAUGAUUGGCUGCAAGGGGGCAAGAGGGAGGGGCUUCCUCCUGUUGCCCCGCCCACUCGCAGAGCCAACCACUGUACGACGAUGACGCACAGCUUCGAAGGAUAUCCUGCAGAAAGUCGGUGGAGAAACAAGGAACCGGUUCUGAGGUCCACCCGCUCCGUGUUCUGCUCCGAGCCCGAGACUCUGAGCCUCCUGAGGGCCCCUCGAGCACCAGAGAACGUGCAGAAACAAAGUAGAACAUCAGCUGCUGUGGUGGUCCAGGUGAGGAGGAGGUCCGGCUCGGUUCUGACCCGCCUGCUGAGACGAGACGAAGCGAGCAGAGAGAGGGAGAGGGAGGCCGAGCUGCAUCUGUACGCCGUGUGUCAGACGUCCAGACUCUACCUGCAGCUGCAGAGCUGCUGGAACAGCUUCCUCAUCAGGUCCACGCUGCUGCUGGAUCCGCUUUACAGGAGGAGGAGCGCCGCCUCACCAGACUCCUUCAGUUUGGAGCAAACGGCUCACCUGUUCAGUCAGGUGAGCUCGGAGCUCCUGCAGGACGGGGUCGGCGUGGAGGACCUGCACCUCCUGCUGCAGGAGCUGAGCACGUCCGCCCAACGAAACGUGGCGCUGCGCAGACUCUUCUGGAGGUCCAGCGAGGUGUGCUUCUCCCUGGUUCAGACUCUGGAGGACUGUCUUCAGGGACAGCAGAGCCUCGGUGGAGCCACCACAGACCAGCUGCUACUGAGCUCCCUGAUCGUCCAGACGCUCACUGCGACGCUCGCAGAGAUGCAGGUGGAGGAAGCAACCGUCAGCCUGCUGUUAGCCAAAAAAGGGAUUCUGCUCUCCAGGAUGCUCCUCGCUCUGAUAUGUGAUCCUCAGAUGGAGAGCCGAGGAUCUCCGACGGACGCCGAGCUUCAAGCCUCGCUCUCAGAGUAUCUGGACGCCGCCUGCUCUCUGCUGUUCGAGCUGCUGCUCUUCGGCUACCAGAGCAGCAGGUGUUCGUCAGCGGAGAACUUUGUGUCCGUCGGCUGGAUCCUGCGAGUCCUUCAGCCUCACCCUCACCUGCUGCCCUUCAUCAGGUACCAGGCCCAGCAGGUGGUUCAGGUUCUGUCGGGCCUGCAGGGCUCCUUCCUGGGCCCAGCCCGGUCAGUCCUGCUGUUCCAGCGUUGUCGCCUCCUGCUGACGUGUCUGCAGCACGACAGCCAGCUGGCUCUGCACCUGCAGACCCACUUCAGGGAGGAGUUCAGAUACUUUGUGACGCCGUCGUGUGCCGAGAAGCUGCUGCCCGAGAGUCCGAUCAGAGGAGCGACGAUAAAACUCAUCGAAUGGAUUCAGACUCACGCAGGACGAAUCAUCUCGCAGGACCUCAACAACACGCAGCUUUAA